ACUGUAUUCUUCAUUUAGUGUUGUAAUUCAUAAUUUGUUCAUUGGAAAAAAAAAUAGAAGUGAUCGGUGACGACCACCGUGGACCCUUCUUAUCUGAGAUAUUGAUUACGACAGUCAUAACUUACUCCCGGGUGAAUGACUUCGCGAACAUUCUGGGCUACAAUGGGUGGGAUGAGGAGAAAAAACAAAAGAGAAUGGACAAAAUAAACAUUUCUGACCAAGUAACAGACAGAAGGCACGCGCCACUGGGCUGGCCACGAUCGAAUAUUUUGCGCGCGACAUGCCGGAGAGCGGUGGCCAGCGAGGACGCAGCACCCGGAUGUUGCUGCCGAUCGUGGCGACACAUUGUGGCGGAUGGGUGGGCGGGAGGAGGACCAGCAGAUUAUCGCCAGCAAGGGUUUGCUUUCUGUGACAAGCUGUGACUGCGACGACAUUGGAGGCAGUUAACGGUUAACGAGUGUCCAGAUGGUUCCAGGGUGGAUACUAAGGUGAGAGGGCUCAGCAUGGCUAGAAUGGUCACUAAACUUUACCUCAGGUCUCCUCUAAAAAUACUCUUCUUGCUGGCCAGUGCUCAGACUAUCAGUACGAUCAACGAGUCUUUGUUUUUAUCGUCUCCGACAUCACCAGCAGCAUCGACCCCGUUGUCAGUUCGCCAGAGCACGUCGGGUGCCUUGACGGGUGGCUCUGAGAGUAGGCUGCUGGUGCUGGGCUUGUUUGGCAAGACCGGGGAGUACCCCGCGGGCACAGCAUUUCAAAUGGCCGCCGAGAUGGCUGUCGAGGACAUCAACAAACGAGCGGACAUGCUUCCUGGCUACACCAUUGAGCUGGAUACAGCAGACACAAAGUGCCAGUCGGCAGAAGGUGUAAACGAGGUGUACAAAAGGUUGUACAACAAGAGCGCCACCGUCCUCAUGGUCCUCGGAGAAACCUGUUCACACGUCACCGAAAUCACAGCACAGGUGUCGCGCAAGUGGAACCUAGUACAGAUAACCUACUCUGCCCUGUCGCCCACGCUGUCAAACAAGGAUGUGUUCCCUUGGUUCUUCAGAGUUGUAGCCCCUGAAAACGUCCUGUCCUUUGUGUCGGUCGAGUUGUUUGUCCACUUCAACUGGACCAACGUGUCGGUUAUUCAGCAAAACUAUCAAGUGUUCACAACAGGUGUGGAGCUGAUGAAGAAGGCGCUGGAGAAAAGCAACAUAAAACUGGAUUACACCGAAAACUUUGACAGUGAUCCAAGGCAAGCAGUGAGAAGCAUGAAGAAUCAUGACGCACGUAUAAUCUAUGUUGCCUGCUAUGAGGAGCAGGCCAGACAGGCAAGUUGUGAGGCGUUUAACAUCGAAUACUAUGGACCUCACAUCGUGUGGAUUUUCCCAGGCUUCUAUGACAGAAAAUGGUAUCUCAGGAGAGACGUCAACUGUACGGUGGACGAAAUUUUGCAGGUCAUCGACGGGUACUUCUCAGUGACCAGCGUGAACGUGGACAUCAACGAGGCCAUGAAUGACACCAUCAGCGGCUGGCCGACCUCGGAGUUUGAUUGCCGCUUCUGCGCUCAUUUCCACAGACUCCGCCAGGAUGCAUGGAUGGACGACUGUCAGUGUGACCUGCAUGCCAGCCUGUCGGGUUCCAAUCGAGCUCCGUUGGCCUACGAUGCUAUGUGGGCCGUGGCUUUGGCCCUCAACGGGACACUUACUGACCUCCUUGCUGAAGGUCGAGGUCACCGUCUGGAGGAGUUCACCUACGAGAACGAGGCCAUGGCGCAGCUCAUUUUCCACAACAUGAAGAACACAUCAUUCAAGGGCAUCACGGGAAACAUCUCCUUCUCCAGCUCGGGCGACAGCAUGUCUACGAUAGUGGUCCGGCAGUUCCAGCGCAACUCUCAUUACGAAAAUGGCACCUUUGUGAAGAUUGCUGUUUACGACGACUGCCCGGCGGAAAUCGUGUGGUCCAAGGAAACGUGUCAGAGCACGUGGUCAGAAGGUUGCAGCACUGCGGAGGUGGGCAUGUAUAACGGGUGUCCGGAGAAAAUGGUCUGGAUUGAUGCCAACAUCCGGUGGAGAGACGGUAAAGUACCUUAUUCAUACAAACGCACGAACUACAUGUGGAAGCCGUUGCCAAGGCAACUAUACAUCGGUUUGAGUUCGAUGGCAGCGGCGGGGAUCCUUCUGUCUUUUAUGUUUCUCGCCUUCAACCUCAUCUGCCGGAAAGUCAGACUCAUCAAAAUGUCGUCCCCAAACAUCAAUAACCUCAUCCUGGCGGGCUGCCUCCUCGUCUACUGCACCAUCGGUAUGGAGGACAUCAACGCCGAAGGACUGCGUGUCCUUUGCUACCUGCGGCAGUAUUUUCUCAUCCUCGGUUUCUCCCUUGCCUAUGGAGCCCUCUUCGCCAAGACAUGGCGGGUUUAUGAGAUCAUGACCGCCAGUGUCAGACUCAAGUCAAAGGUGCUGCGCGACAGCCGUCUGUUCCUGACCGUGGGAGCGCUGGUGGUGGUGAACUUGGGCGUGCUCGUUCUGAGAACUGUCUUGGACCACAUCACCGUGGUCCCCGUGGACGUCGGCAACCCAAUCGACGUAGGCGAGUACGCGGUGCAGGAGCAGAGCCUGGUGUGUCGCUCGCUGUACAUGGAACAGUUUACUGCCGCCAUACUUUCCCUGCAGGCUCUUCUCAUCCUCUUUGGGGUCUUUCUGGCUUGGCAGACCCGCAAGACGUCCAUCCCGGAGCUGAACGACUCCCGCUGGAUCGGCAUGUGCAUCUACAACGUGGUGGUGCUGGGCAGUCUGGGCAUCAUCUUCACGCUGACCACUACCCAGCCUCCUCACGUCAACUUUCUCAUCCAGUCCGUCAUCGUCUUCGCCGCCACAACGCUCACCCAGUGCUUCAUCUUUGUUCCUAAGCUACUAACGUACAUCCAGUACCGCAAGGUGUGUAAAAAUAAAAGCGGAGUGCUGGGCAUCAAAACUUUCCACAUCACCACCUACACUCUGCCUCCCAGAGACCAGGUAACAAGGCAGAACACCCCAGACCGUCACGGGUCACUGACCUCGGAUUCUGGCAUCGUCCAUGACUCAGUCGGAGAGUGGCCUCUGAACGAGGGAAGACAACAAGCGUCUCGAACUCAAAGCUGUCCUAACCCUGUCACCUCCGACAAGGGAGUUCAGUGCCAGGAGUCCUCCAACGGAAGCUGGACUACUGAUAAACGUUCUUCUGUUGGUAACGACCCUGGGAUGUCGACUCCAGGGUUAAGCCCCUCCACCAUCGCCAAGCCCCACCAGAAAGAACUCGGGACACAGAGACAACGCUGUCGUCGUGUUUCAUGGCCAUCAACUAAUGACCCGGUGCGUCUGGCUUACACGAUCCAAGCUAAUUUAUUCAGACUGGACAUAAUGCACCCGGAUGCUAGUAAUGAGUGUAUCCAUUUCUAAAUCAGGAAACGUUGGCGGGUUCUCCUGCUCUCUGUGCUGAGUGUUUGUAGAGAGUGGAGACCUCGACCGCACUGUCAUAAACACCUUCAGAUCAUGUGUUGUGACUAACAAACACGCCAGGGUCGAGGUUAUAGAAGUUGGACAAAGGAAGAGCCUGUCUAUGCUUCUUCUUUCCUUGGAAACUGUACAAAAAUCUAUGUGUUGGUGUGGUUAGAGAUCGAUCAGUAGGAAGGUCUGACCGCCUGAGACCUCAGGGUGUUUAUGUUUACGGACCCUGUAAUUUGCUCUUUGUGUGAGAGGGAAAGACAGGGGUGGGCUUGUGCAGCCAAUUAUCACAUCAGCCUUGAGAGACAAAGAGAGGAAGAGAUACAGAAUGUGCGAGUGUUUAUCACUUCGGUAUGUUUUGAAAUAGCUGUAGGAGGGACAAACCAGGAAAUAUUCACAAGAUACAUAACAUUAAAACACGUUAACGCGUUAGGUAAACUUUCAUCGUCAGAUAAAUCGAUAAUCAAAACAUCGGUACACGCAUUGGUUAAGAUGGAAAAUCUAUUUUCCAAGAAAAUAUUCAAAAGUAUGUUCCUCUUAUGUCUUGGCUCAACGCUUACAUAUUUUUUUUUUUUGGCUUCAUCAGGUGGGUGUAACCCCGUGAGACAUCUUAGCCAAAUACAGUUUAUAUAUAUAUAAUGCAAUAAUAAUUACGUGUACGUGGUAUGCUUUAGAGUUUAGACCAACGAGAUGACACAAAAUAUACAAUAUGGCAAACAAGCAAAGAGACAUUUACAAGGGGAGAGAACUAAACGAGACAAAAAGGACUAUAAGAACUACUUAAACAUGAACAUUGAUAAAAGGAUGAAUGUGCUACAAGUUUUAAGUUUUGUUUAAGAUUUACAAUCAAUAAGUUGAUGAAGUUGAAGGGCUUGGGAGUAAUGCAGAAAAUGUCGCGCAAACAUAGCUUUCUUGUGAGAUUUGUAUAUCCGAAUCAGGAUAGUUUAUAUGACGAAUUACUCAACACAGUGUUGUACAGAUGAAACAGAAGGAUACAUAAUUUUUAUGAUUAAGAGUUGUGUCGAGACAUAGCUUAUGCUAGAAGCACAAUGAAUGACCUGUACUUUGCAAAAAGUGACACGGAAAAAUUGCCUACCUCCCCCAUUACUAUACAUGUUGGUGUGAUAGUUUUUACACUUAGCACAUUUUCAUAAAUCUCAACUUCGCCUCGUCAGAGAUCAACAUGAGCGCCAUUGGGUAUUUCAAAUUUUCUGCAUUUCGUGAUUGUGAGCAUAUCGUUAUUUACUGAUAUUUGUUGUUAUGAAGCAGUGUUCCUUUUUACUUAUUAUCCAAUGCCAGUUUUAUCGUUUAAAAAAUGGAUGUAGAACUUUUCUUCUCUUGCCUCACGGACGUAUUACAGUUUGCGUUU